AUUUCUAUUACCUGUCCGCUUAUUUUUCGCUCCGAUUGUACAUAUACUGGGGUGUAUGAACCUACACCGUCAUAUUUUUCCCACCACGUCGAAGUGGUGUCAUGAGUCUUGUUCUCGUGCUUGUGUGCCUAGUUCAGGGAAAUGACUGAAGUCAAGAAAGACGAUGUUGUUAAGAUAUUACAUACGUAUCCUCUUUGUAGAAAAUGCGAUAUGUCGGAUGAAAUGAAACAAGAAGCAAUGGAAUUGUGCGUCACCGCGGCAGAAAAAUAUGCGGAUAAUUAUGAAAGCGUUUCUCGGAUGAUCAAAGAGGCAAUGGAUAAAAAAUUCGGUGCGUCUUGGCAUACAGUCGUCGGCGAAGGCUACGGAUUUGAAAUAACUUAUCAACUUAAACAUCUAUUAUACAUGUACUGUGCUGGAAAUUUGGCGAUAUGCAUAUGGAAAUCAGCAUAGUGAUAUUUACAAAAAUUGAUAUACAAACAAAUGUACAAAUAGCGUAAUUAUGAUUUUU